AUGGGAUAUGCCAAGCAGAGAACUCACUCCCUUUGGUACUUUGUCACGUUUAUUGCGGGCCCAAGCCCCUUCCCGGAGUUGGUGGUUGUGGGCAUGGUGGAUGAUAUUUUGGUGGACCACUAUGACAGCUUUUCCAGGACGAUCACCUCGCGGCAGCACUGGCAGAAGGAAGAGGACAGUGUGGCCUACGCAGAGAUGAAACGCAUUAUCAUUGCAGACAUCUCGGACAGCCUCAAAUCCAGACUUCAAUACAUGAGAGAGCAUUUAAAUCACAGUGGUACACUCCACACAUACCAGAGAUUCGCUGGGUGUGAGCUGGAUGAUGACGGCACUGAGAGAUUCAAAGCACAGGACGCCUACAAUGGGAAGGAUGUGCUCUCUUUCGAUACACAGGCUAACACCUGGAGUACUCUCAUCCUAGAAAUGCAGAUAGACUCAUGGCUGGUGCAAUCCUACAAAGGGCUAAGUCAUUAUGUUUACCAAUCCUUCUGCGUACGCCUUUUGAAGCGCUUCCUUGAACAGGGAAGGAGUAUACUGAAACAACGAGUGAAACCCAAGAUUAGAGUUUUGCAGAAACAAGUAGGCAGUGCUGGUGCUGUAGAAGUAACCUGUCUGGCGACGGGAUUCUACCCUCGACACAUCAAGCUGACCUUGCAGAGGGAUAACCAGCCUGUUCAGGAGCAGGAGCUGAUCAGAGGCGAUAUUCUGCCAAAUUGUGACGGGACGUACCAACAGAGGAUGAGCCUGAGUGUCAGUGCUGAAGAGCUGAGAGUGGGACACCGCUACACCUGUAGUGUUAGACAUGUCAGCAUGGACAACAAGCUGGAUAUCUCCUGGGACUCACCUCAGAAGCCAAGCAUUGGUCUGAUCUCAGGCACAGUGGUCACAGCUCUGAUCAUUGUCCUUUUCAUCAUCAUCAUCAUCCUCAUCCUCAUCUGGAGGAAGAGGAAGAGCAAUGUGCUAGAAAAGCGCAGGUCUGAGAAGAGUGAGGAAGAGAUGGAAACAAUCAACACUGCUGCGGAAGAUGUGGCCGGAUGUGUGGAGAUGGAAAGAUAGGAAGAGUGAAAGGAAGGUUGAAAAAUGGCCUACAAAUGCAAAAUAGCUGCAAAAAAGAGUAGCAGACACAGGUCUAGCUGUUCAUAGGACAACAAUACAACUCUCUUUAAACAACAAAGACCUACAUGCCUGAGUUGGCAGAAAGAACGACCUCAACACAAAAUUAAGUGUCUGAAAUUUGCAAAAGAAAACAUUGAAUGGCUACCACAGUCCCCAGACUUAAAUAUUAUUGAAAAUCUGCAUAGAGAUCUCAAACAUGCUGUACAUCCAAGGAGGCCCAAGAGCUAGAGGUGUUCUGCCAGGAAGAAUGGGGAAAAAUUCCAAAAGCGAGAAUUGAAAUUUAUGCUGUCUACGUUUACAAGCUGUUAUAGCUGCCCGAGGAGUUACAAAGUAUUAACUGACAGGGUUCCCAAACUUUUGCACAGGGUCUUUU